GCAUUUCUAUUAAUGGCGAAUUGUACCAAGCGGUCAAAUGUUUACCGACCAUGGUGCGAAACUCUUAAUUGCGCUCUGAAAACGUUUAUACCAAAUACAAACUUUAAAAAUUGUGUGUUUUUCUUUUCUAAUAACAACGGCACAUAACUCUACUAUGAUAUAUACUAAAGAUUCGGAGGCUAUUUUAAAAAUUUUCUUCUGUUUUGUCAAGGAUUAAAUUGUACUGGGCGCUAUGGGCGAUAUGUUUCGCAGUGAAGAGAUGGCUUUAUGCCAAAUGUUUAUACAACCGGAGGCAGCUUAUACUUCAGUUUCUGAGUUAGGAGAACGUGGCUGUGUUCAAUUCCGUGAUCUUAACACGGAAGUCAACGCUUUUCAACGUAAAUUUGUCACUGAAGUAAGACGGUGCGACGAGUUGGAACGUCGAAUACGUUAUAUUGAGUUUGAAUUAAAAAAAGAUAAUAUUACUUUUCCCAUUUUGGAUGAAGAUAUGGAACCUUUCGCUCCAAAUCCACGCGAAAUUGUCGAUUUAGAAGCAAAACUCGAAUCGAUCGAAACGGAAUUGCGUGAGCUCAGUCAAAAUGCCAUAAAUCUGAAUAGUAAUUUUUUGGAAAUGACCGAACUAAAGCAAGUUUUAGAGAAGACUCAAACCUUCUUUAGCAGUUCGCAAAACAUUAAUUUGGAUUCCAAAAAUCAAAUGGAUCAUCAGCAGCAAUCGGGCCAAUUAAGUUUUGUAGCCGGUGUUAUAAAAUUAGAAAAAUUUUUUGCCUUUGAACGCAUGCUAUGGCGCAUCUCGCGCGGAAAUAUAUUUCUCAGACGUAGCGAAAUUAACGAACCUGUUAAAGAUCCGGAGACAGGUCACUGCAUUUCCAAGUCGGUAUUCGUAGCCUUUUUCCAAGGAGAACAAUUAAAACAACGUGUUAAAAAAGUGUGCGCUGGCUUCCAUGCAGCUAUAUAUCCCUGCCCUAAUUCUCAGCAGGAGCGCGAACAAAUGCUUAACGAUAUACGCUUGCGGUUGCAGGACCUGCGUAUGGUUUUGAAUACUACGGCCGAUCAUCGUAAUCGUGUACUGGUUGCUGCUUCCCGUAGCUUAGCCACUUGGUCGAUUAUGAUUAAAAAAAUGAAAGCAAUCUACCAUACUCUGAACAUGUUCAACUUGGACGUUACAAAUAAGUGCUUAAUCGGCGAGGGUUGGGUACCUUCGAAAGAUUUGACGAUUGUUCAGAACGCCUUAAUUGAGGGCUCUAAAAGAGCGGAAAGUAAUGUGCCGUCAUUUUUGAAUGUAAUAGCUCCUGACGAGCAGCCCCCCACUUUCACAAGGACAAACAAAUUUACCCGCGGCUUUCAAAACCUAAUUGAUUCCUACGGCAUGGCUACGUACCGUGAAAUAAAUCCCGCAUUGUACACUUGCAUCACUUUCCCAUUUUUAUUUGCUGUUAUGUUUGGCGAUUUAGGUCAUGGUCUGGUUUUGCUGUCAUUUGCUUUGUUAAUGGUUUUGCGCGAAAGACAAUUGCGUAAAAUCAAAGGAGAGAUUUUUAAUAUUUUCUUUAGCGGACGUUACAUUAUAUUACUAAUGGCUUUGUUCUCUUUAUACACUGGCUUCAUUUAUAAUGAUAUAUUUUCAAAGAGUAUGAAUGUAUUUGGUUCUGCCUGGUUUGUGGAUUGGAAUCAUUCAACCAUACUUAAUAAUAGUUAUCUUCAAAUGGAUCCCGGACAACACGUAUCGGGUGUAUACGCAAUGGGCUUGGAUCCCAUUUGGCAAUUGGCUGAUAAUAAGAUAAUCUUCUUGAACACUUAUAAAAUGAAGCUUUCGAUCAUUUUUGGGGUCUUACAUAUGAUUUUCGGCGUUUGCAUGUCCUUGGUGAAUCAUUGUUAUUUCAAAAGAAGCAUUAACAUUAUUAUGGACUUUUUGCCGCAAAUAAUUUUCUUGGUUUUACUGUUUGGCUACAUGGUAUUUAUGAUGUUUUUUAAAUGGGUCAAGUAUUCAGCUCAAUCGGAGGAGUUAGCCAAUACGCCAGGCUGUGCACCCUCCAUUCUAAUACUUUUCAUUAAUAUGAUGUUGUUUAAACAUCAAGAACCUUUAGAGGGCUGUGAAGAAUAUUUAUUUGAACAGCAAGAAUUAGUGCAGAGAAUAUUUGUAAUUAUAGCGUUAGCCUGCAUUCCCUGGAUGUUACUGGGCAAACCUCUGUAUCUUAUGUGCUGUAAAAAGAAAAAAGUUCGUCCUCUAUAUGAAGAAAACGUUGAUGUUGAACAGAACCCAAAUUCUCAUAAAAUCCAGAAAUCCGAUGGGCGCGGUCAUGCAGGUCACGACAACGACGAUGAGCCUAUGAGCGAAAUUUUUAUACAACAAGCUAUACACACUAUCGAAUAUGUGUUAAGUACCAUCUCUCAUACAGCUUCCUAUCUUCGCUUAUGGGCUUUGUCUUUAGCUCACGCACAAUUGUCCGAAGUUUUGUGGGGAAUGGUAUUUGCCAUGUCUUUUUCUAUACAAAGCUAUUUCGGUGCGAUUUUCCUGUUUGUGAUAUUCAUAUUCUGGUCCCUUUUGACAAUAGGCAUUUUAGUCUUAAUUGAAGGUCUAUCUGCUUUCCUGCAUACUUUACGAUUGCAUUGGGUUGAAUUUAUGAGCAAAUUUUAUGAAGGUUUGGGUUAUGCUUUUCAACCGUUUUCCUUUAAAACUCUUUUGGAAGGAGUUGAAGAAUAAUUUAAUAUUAAAAUAUAUUUUUAGCUUUAAGGAUUAUUAAAAAAAAAAAAA